CUCCGGCUUCGCGCUCCCGCUGUCGGACGAGGCUUGUGGCAGGGAGAGAGGGAAGGGAUAAGGGGCGAAGGAGGAGAGAUGAAGAAGAGUGAAAUAACAAUAAUAACGCAGAGUUUUAUUUUAAAAUUUAAAUCGACCCUCCUGUCACCCGCCCCUUUCGGUUAGAGUUUUGGCGGCCGCCUGCAUAAAAUAAGCAGAGAGGAGAGGAAAACGGGGGAAAGAAAGAAAGGGGGGAGACAACAAGCGAAUUGGAAGGGAUUGAUAGAGAAAGGGAAAAAAUAAAAGGGAAAAGGAAGGGGAUAGGGGAUAAUUAACAAGUUUGUAUUGUAGACAUUUAUAGGGGAAAGGGCUCCUGUGGCGCCCCUCUGAGAUUUAGCUUCUUAUUUUAUUUUGUGUUUUGUGCAGCUUUCAGGUGAAAUAAGUGACUCUGGGUGUAGAAAAGUGCCAGGGAUAUUUUAUUUUGUUUUAUAUUUUGUCUGUAGCUGUAGUUCAGGGAUUAAAGUUUCAUGUUGGUUUGUUUGCCCCAUUCCCCUUUUCACCAUCUUCUCUCUUUUACCCCCACCCCAUCCUCUUUUCCAUUUGGACAGUCUUUCUAACAAAGUCGGUUAUUUUUUUUUUUGGCAAAAGUGUCCAGGGCUACCUUCUCUGGGUGUGGGGGGGGGGUCGGCAUCCCAGGAGUUUAAGAGGGGAGGGCUGGCUGGUUGAAUCCUCCACACGGCGAGCAACAGCAACAAUCGAGGCUGAAGGAAAAGGGGGCGAAGAGAGAGGGUCCUGUGCUUUGUUUUAAUGCUAAAGAGGGCGCACAGUCCACACUGAUCAUUGCAUUUUUCACCUCCCCACCUCCCCACCACCUCCCCAUCCUUUCUAAGCCCCAUUCUGUUUCUGCCUCCAGCAUGAGAUGGAGCCCUUAGACUGUGAGGGCUGAAAGAAACUUUAAGCAUUAACGAAGCUGCACGCACUGGAUCCUCUUUCUUUAUCCUCCUCCCCUCUUUUUGCAGGAACUGUAUUCACUUUAGCCUUGGGACUUUAACUUUGAGACCCUUCUACAGGACAGAAGCUUCUUUGAACAGAUUUGCUGAAAUCCUGAAGAUAUGAGACAAAUGAUCAUUGGAACUGAAGAAUGAGCUUGCAGAUCGUCGUUUUAUUAGCCUGAACAAGUGCCCGGCUUGUUUUGGUACCAGCUGGUGUCGUAAGUUUAUGAAUGGGCAAAUCACUUUUGAGACAUGGGGUCGUCUCCGAAUACUGGACUUUUUGAAUGUGAAAAAUGUCUAUUUUGCUCAGUAUGGAGAGCCAAGAGAAGGUGCAAGACGUAUUGUUCUAAAACGCUUGGGCUCUAAUCAAGAACUGGCUGAUAUGGACCAAAAAGUCUGCAAACGGGCUAUUGGGCGCCCUCGUUGUGAUGUUACGCAAGCUAUCUACAAGACUCAGUUUUCCCGUUUAAAUGGUGAAGUUCGGUUACUGACCCCAGAUAUCGUGGAGGGGUGGUCAGACUUAGUGCAUUGUCCAUCACAAAGACUCCUAGACAGAAUAGUACGCAGGUAUGCUGAAACAAAGGAUUCUGGAAGCUUUUUAAUGAAAAAUUUGAAAGACUCUGAGCGGAUGCAGCUACUUCUGACUUUGGCUUUUAACCCGGAGCCCCUCGUUUUCCAGAGCUUUCCAUCAGAUGAAGGAUGGCCUUUUGCAAAGUACCUUGGAGCCUGUGGGAGAAUGGUGGCUGUAAAUUAUGUAGGAAAUGAACUUUGGAAUUUCUAUAAUGCACCCUGGGAAAAACGAGUAGACUUGGCCUGGCAGUUGCUGGAAAUCGCUGAACAACUCACAAACAAUGAUUUUGAAUUUGCGCUGUAUCUCCUUGACGUCAGCUUUGACAACUUUGCUGUUGGACCGCGAGAUGGAAAGGUCAUAGUGAUUGAUGCUGAAAACAUCAUUGUGGCAGACAAAAGAUUAAUCAAACAAAAUAAGCCUCAAAACUGGGAUGUAUGGUACGAAAGCACAUUUGACGAUUGUGGAAAAGAAGCCUGCCUGUCAUUUUCCAAGGAGGUUUUGUGUUCGCGUGUGACAGUUGACCAUAACUACUAUGCCAUUUGUCAGAACCUGCUCUCUAAAUAUGCCACGUGGCGUGGCACUACUGGCGGGCUCCUGCACAGCCCUCCUGUAGAAAUUGUUAGAGCUGGCAGACUGGAGGCCUUGCUCGAAGAAUGUGCACACCCAAAGAAACAAUACGGUCGAUUCCAGGCAGCAAGAGAAUUGCGAGACUACCUUGCAAAGCUGAGCAAUAAUGUAAGGUAGCUCAACAUGAGUAUGUUGUUUUUCACACUGCUGUAGAUUUGAGAUUUGAAUUGAACAUGAGAGUUGUUCCUAUGUAGAAUGUAAAAGUGUAUUGAAGGAUACCUUGCAGAAAUGGCACUACGUCGUGUUAUAAUUCAUGCUUGGAACAACAAUGGACAUCUGCAAACCAGUGUGUAGGACUGAUUAUCUGAUUAGAGCAUUGAGCUAUUAUUGACUUGUUCUCUGCUUGCCUGCAGAGUAGUUCAGAUGAAGACUAGCAGGUCACUGGCGAUAAUAGACCCUGACAGGUUUAAUGAUUGCACAUGUGUCAAAGGGCAAUUGACAUAACACAGCAUUACUGUCACAAUUUGUGAGGCUGAUGCCUUUACUGAGGAAGCCUUGCUUCAUUUGAAAGCCUGUUUAAAGGCUUUAACCUACUGAUGUUGUCUUGAUCCUGUCUAUAUUUUGAAUAAGGAAAGCAUUAAAAAUGUUUGUAUUAAAAAAAACUUACUGCCAUCAAAAUGUAUGUGCAAAGUUUUGAUACGAGUUUGCCCAUACUCCUUUUCAAAUAUGUGGACAUAUUUCUAAUUUAUGUGUAAACUAAAGCACUGAGAAAAUAUGGCGUUGGGGUAUACUGUCCAAAACCUUAAAGCAUUCCCUCAUCACCAUUUAAGCAAUAAUUUCAUGUCUGCAAAAGAUUCGAAGAGGAAAUUCCCAUUAUUUGUAAUUAUUGCACAAGAAGCCUGUGAGCAUGAAAUAGUGACUUGAGGUUAAUUUCUUUUGAAGCAGCAGCAUCAAAAAAAAUGUUUUAAACAUCUUUGAGUUAGUUCAAAAAAAAAUUCAAUGUGGCUAGUCUGUAAAUAAAAUUAGGGGAGCUUUCUUUCCACAAGGAGUAAGGGAGACAGACGCUAGUAUUUGAGCACAUGCCAAAGAAUAAGAAUUGUCCCAAAACUACCCUUCCCUUGUAGAAGAUACUUAUUUAUUGCAUAAAAGCAGUGAAAAUACGGUGCCAAGGAUUUCAGUGGCUAUUUAUAUAUUAAAAAUGCGUUACCUAAAACAGGAAUAAGGUUUUUGGUUACAAGUUUGCAUUUGCCAUGUGCUUGACUGGUAUUGUUUUUUAUUGAUUUACUGGGCUCACACAGAUGGCACUUGCUUUCUGCUGCAGCUUACAUAUUGGUACAGUAUCGUAAUUUAAAAUUUGGUUAGGGUGAUGAUUUUUUUAUUUGUUCAACUAACCUGUAUUAAUUUUUUUCCAAUUUAAUCAGUUGUGUGUGUUUGGCACGUUAAACAAAAAGCCUCAUAGUUUGUGUGGAAAUGGAGUGGAAAAUCUGUUCUUGCUACUGAUUAGCUGAGGUGCAGCUGUAACACCAUUACCAGCUACUUCCAUGCCUGUGGUUCAAUCUGGAUAAAUGUUAAACUAUUCCCCAUAAAGUAAUUUUGUGACUUUAAUCUCCAUUUUAAAACACGCUGAUGCUUUUCAUUCUAAAACUAGCUUGAGUUGGCUUCAUUGCAGGGAACUGAAUGCUGCAGUAUCACCAUGAAGUAUAGUAGAAAGCAAUAGUGUUUGUUUCUCUCUUAUUUCCUAAACAUCGUCAAACACUCAAGUAAUCAGAUAAUGAUCUGUUUAACGGUACAAAUGUAGAUUUUAUUGUGUACUUAACAACUUAUUAGUAAUGACACAGUUGACUCCAGAUUUGGAUUUUGUAGGUUUGUAAAUGCUGGAAAAUGCUGUCUUCACUUUAUUUUGUAUGUUCUCAUUUAGUUUCUAUGUUUUAUCAUAAUUGUUUGAUUCACUGUGCCUUUCAUUCAAAAGUUGUCUUUAUAACUUAAAGUGGAUUCAUAUAAUAAAACUUUACUUAUUAA